AUGUUGCGUUCAAACGUGAUGCGGACGAAUGCUGGGCGGCUUUUGAUGAGCCGUUUGGCUCGACAGAACGUGUUUCAUCAGCCAGCCCGGUCGCUAUUUUGGGGCCCUACCCCGACGAGCCAGACACCACCGGCCGGUGGAGUGGCCACCUCGAGCCAGCAGUUGGCCAGUAAGGAGCAAGCGGCCAACAGAUCAUUAAGCGACGCUGAGGCCCAGGCAAGUUUUUAUCGCACACUUUUGGCGGCAAGUUACCCGCAACUUGUAGUAUCUCGGUACGAGUCACCCGGGGUCGCCCGUAAUCCCGAGUGCGACGGGCUCUACGUUCAAGCAUUGCGAAACCUCGGCCACACCACGAAAGCAGCAGAGGCCGAGCAGCGGUUUGCGAGGACUGCAUCAACAGCUGGUCAAGUUGGAGCAAACCCGUUCAAUGUCGAAGGCACUAGCCAAAGAGGUACGACGCUUGAUCCUGUGCAUGUCGUGGUUUCUGAGAAACCAAUGGCCAUGCUGCUGAAGUGGAUUAAAUGGUUGUUGCCCAUGGGUCUAGCUCUGUAUGCGAUCAACCUCGGUUUCUCCUUUUUGACGGAAUCUUCGAGCAUAAUCAAGGGUGCUGCCGGCCAAGAUUUGGGUGCUGCCAAACUCGAUAAUGUGCGGGGCGAAAAGUCAAAAGUGCGUUUCAGUGAUGUCCAGGGUGUCGAUGAGGCUCGUGAGGAGCUUGAAGAAAUUGUCGAGUUCCUCAAGGACCCUUCAAAGUUCACCGGCCUCGGUGGCAAGCUACCCAAGGGUGUGCUGUUGACCGGCCCCCCAGGAACAGGUAAAACGCUGUUGGCGCGAGCCGUCGCCGGUGAGGCUGGCGUGCCGUUCUUUUUUAUGUCUGGAUCUGAGUUCGAUGAGCUUUAUGUGGGUAUUGGUGCCAAACGUAUUCGUGCAUUGUUUGGUGCUGCCCGCAAAGCCGCUCCGGCCAUUGUGUUUAUCGAUGAGCUCGAUGCCAUUGGAGGAAAGCGUAAUCCCAAGGACCAGGCGUACUCCAAGCAGACGUUAAACCAGCUGCUGGUUGAUCUCGAUGGGUUCAACCAAACAAGUGGAGUCAUUUUCUUGGCGGCCACCAAUUUCCCUGAAUUGCUUGACAAGGCGUUGACUCGUCCGGGACGGUUUGACAAGAUUGUCAAUGUCGAGCUUCCUGAUGUUCGUGGCCGUGCUGCUAUCCUCAACCACCACAUGAAGAAUGUUGAGAUUUCAAACAAUGUAAACGUGAUGAAUCUGGCCAGAGGCACUCCAGGAUUCUCGGGUGCCGAUUUGAUGAACCUCGUAAACCAAGCAGCUCUGCAUGCCUCCAAAGAAAAGGCCUUGACAGUCAAUAUGAACCAUUUCGAAUGGGCCAAAGACAAGAUUCUUCUGGGUGGUGAGCGCCGCACUAUGGUUAUGACCGAGGAGACUCGCAAGAACACAGCCUUCCACGAGGCGGGCCAUGCUAUUAUGGCACUUUAUACCCCUGGCGCCACUCCACUCUACAAGGCCACCAUCUUGCCCAGAGGACGGGCGCUGGGCAUCACGUUCCAGCUGCCCGAGCUGGACAAGUACGACCAGACCCUGACCGAGCUCAAGGCUCGACUGGACGUUUGCAUGGGCGGCCGUAUCGCCGAAGAGAUGAUCAAUGGUCCCGAGAACGUCACUUCAGGCUGCUCUUCGGAUCUCAAGAAUGCGACAUCAGUCGCCAGGGCUAUGGUCACUCUGUACGGCAUGUCCGAGAAGAUUGGCCCCAUCUCUCUGGGCGAAGAGUGGUCGGAGUGGUCAGCGUCGACCCGCCACAUGGCUGAAGACGAGAUCCGCUCGCUAUUGGUUGAGUCCGAAAACCGCACCCGUUCUAUGCUUUCAGAAAAAAGCGUCGAACUGGAGCGACUGGCCCACGGCCUGAUCGAGUUCGAAACAUUGGACAAAGAAGACAUUGUCAAAGUCGUCAAAGGCCAAUCGUUGGACAGAGACCCUCAUUGCACAAACACAGUGGUCUCAAGUGAGGCCAUUCGCGACAAAAGAGCGCAUCUCAAUAGCUAA